UAUUAUAUUUUGAUAUAUUAUCAACAACCCUAAAAAUUUUCUGAGUUUGUGUUCUGGAAUACAUUUGCCCCGCACAUUCCAUACAAGCUAAUGCGUAACUAAGUUCACUUUAUUUUCUGGGAUUUUCCACCGGUGAAUGCAACUUGGUUUAGCCCUACCCCACGUCUUAAAAUGAUCGAGGCGAGAAUCCAAAAGCUUGGACCCUGUGUGGCCCUGGUUGCGAUUCUACAACUCCUUCAGCAGCCAUCAAGAAUAGAUGCGGGGGCCGUGGCCAUGACCAGUGACAACAUCGACAUGACACUAGCUUCUAAUGAAUUGGUUUUUCUUAAUUUCUAUGCUGAAUGGUGCCGUUUUAGUAAUAUUUUAGCGCCAAUAUUCAGUGAAGCUGCAGAUAAGAUUAAAGCUGAGUUUCCAGAAGCAGGCAAGGUGGUACUAGGAAAAGUAGAUUGCGAUAAAGAAACUUCGAUAGCGUCACGCUUCCAUAUAAACAAGUAUCCUACCCUAAAAAUAGUUCGUAAUGGGCAGCUCAGCAAACGCGAAUACCGAGGACAGCGUUCGGCGGAUGCUUUUCUUGAGUUUGUCAAGAAGCAGCUAGAGGAUCCUAUUCAGGAGUUUAAGUCUUUAAAAGAUCUUGAGAAUCUCGACUCAAAGAAACGUCUCAUUCUGGGCUACUUUGAUCGCAGGGAUCAACCAGAAUAUGACAUUUUCCGUAAAGUUGCCACUAACCUUAAGGAAGAUUGUCAAUUUCACGUUGGAUUUGGUGACGUUGCCCAGGCUAUGCAUCCACCAGGUACACCAAUCAUAGUAUUUAGACCCGAUGUGGCUUUAUCACACGAAAAUGAUGAGACCUACACCGGAAGCCUACAAAACUUUGAUGAACUCAAAAUUUGGAUACAAGAGAAGUGUGUGCCAUUGGUGCGGGAAAUAACCUUUGAAAAUGCUGAAGAACUUACUGAGGAAGGCUUGCCAUUUUUAAUUUUAUUCCACCGGCCAGACGAUCUUAACUCCAUAAAGGAUUACAAGUCAAUUAUUGAAAGACAAUUGCUGGAUGAGAAACAGAACGUUAACUUUUUAACAGCCGAUGGAAAAAGAUUUGCCCAUCCUCUCCACCAUUUAGGCAAAUCUGAGGAUGACUUACCUCUAAUUGCAAUAGACUCGUUCAAGCAUAUGUAUCUGUUUCCGCACUUUAGCGAUAUGUACACGCCUGGCAAGCUUUACCAAUUUCUACAAGAUCUCUACAGCGGAAAACUGCAUAGGGAAUUUCAUUACGGGCCGGAUCCCACAAAUGAUGUUCAACCUGACCCGCACACCGGAAAAGGAACCUCGCCCCCAGAGUCAAAAUUCAAAGAACUGGGUCCUUCUAAGCAUCGUUACACAUUGCUUGAAAAAGAUGAACUGUAAUAUUAACAUGUGCAUUAAAGAAAAAAUUAAAUUUUUUUAAAUAA